AUGUCCUUGCCCGAGUGUGAAGCCAAGGCUACGCUAGAAUCUCGCCAAGAGUAUCGAGACAGGCAGGGUGAAGAGGCCCGCGGAUUCCAUUUCAAGGUAAGUCUUCCAGUGGAGGAAGUGGUGUCCUUCAUCGAGUCCAGAACGCAUGUGCGGAUUGAAGAUCCCAGGAGCUUGAGCUUGGUGAUCGCCCGCGUGGAGUUCACCUGGCCAUCGCACAGCUGCUCCAAUGAAGAGAGCGGCUUCACGGACUACCGCUUGCUGGAUUUCCAUUCGGGCGAGGUCACAAACGAAGGAUCCGAGUGCGGGGCGCUGGCUGCCAGCAGCGUGGACCGAAAGGGCGAAGUGCGGCUACCAGAGUCAGGGCAAAAGGACUUGUUCUGGUUAGCUGGCAUGUUCGGGACCAAGUACUCCAACAGCACUGGUGGAGCAGAGGUGGCUGUGAAGAUUGCCCAGCUUGUGUUUCAUGAGUUUCGGGACAACGGCGACGUCAUCGAGUAUGGCAUGUGUGGACGGGGCUCCUUCACCUGGAAGGAUCAACACUUUUACAUCGGAUGUCCCAAGAAGAUUCCUUUGCAGAUUCAUCAUCCAGAUGAGUGCUUAGGGCGAGCUGUGAAGCUUUGUCAUGGCAACGUGCUUUCGGAGGAUCCAGUCGUGCAGUCUAGAUGCCCCUUGGACGCACGGACUGCCCUGCAAAGCCAGUCAUUUAUGAUUGUGCUGGGUUGGCAGUGCAGGCUUCGACACCUGAAAGACGAGAUGCCCAUUUCAAGCUGA